GUAAUGCUUGACUUUUUACUUUCAAAUUAAGGGGAAGAGGAGCCAAAAAGCUAGGCACUUAAUGUUAUAAGUAACAUUAUAGGAUGGACAUAUUUCGUAUGUUGGUCUGCCAGUUUUUAUGGAUAGCUAUAUGAAAACUUCAAAGUGAAAAAGUAAUGUUGAUUUACUAUUAUUUAGUGUAAAAGGAAUAGCCUUUGAAUUUCUUGGUUUAAAUUUAACUGGAUUCCUAUUUUUAAGUGCCUAUAGUUCUGCUGGCUAUUUUAAAGGAGGAGAUAAUGGAUGGCCAUUUAGUGGUGAUAUAACAAAGCAAGAUUUAUUCUUUGCGUAUCAUGCAGUUGCAAUAACAGUCUUAACCAUUCUCUAAACAGCUUAUUACUAUAAAAAAGGUGAUAAUCCAGGAGUAAGCUAAUGGUGCAUAAUUGUCCUAAUUGUACUUUGGUCUCAAACUAUUUUAUAUGUCCUCUUGACUUGGAUAUUUGGGUGGGAUGUUAUAUUUAAACAAGAAAAAUUAAAUGUUUUAUAUUGGAUGGGAUAUGAGAAACUCUUUAUUUCCUUUAUUAAAUAUGUUCCUUAAGUGUAUCUAAAUUAUAAAAGAAAGUCAACAGUGGGUUGGAGUAUUUUCAAUAUCUUACUAGACUUUAUGGGAGGAUUCUUAUCAUUCUUAUAAAUGUUACUUGACUCAUUUAAUGGAAGUAAUUAUUUAAUAUUUAAUUUAAGAGAGUGCCAAUCUAGUUGAUGUUAAUAUUGUUAAAUUUAUUUUGAGUUGGAUAGCAAUGGGCUUUGAUGGUAUAUUUAUGUUCUAACAUUACAUUCUCUAUAAUCCUAAGAAAAGAACAAGAGAUGCUUUACUAGAUGAAUAUUCUAUUCCAAAAAAAUGA